UACUUUCGCAAGAAAACAACAUAUCAACAAUACGCGUACUAGUCAAUCGGUCACAAUCGAGAAUGCAGCGCUUCAUCAUCACACUGGCGCUAGUGUGCGGUAGCUUUUGCUCUAGUUGGGCUCUACCACCUGCCAAUGCACCUGCUGUAUCCGCACCUGCACAACCGCCCACACUAACGCAGGACAUCGAGGAGCUGCAUCGCCUAAUACCCUCCAAGCCGCUUAACAAGUUGGUCAUACGUUAUCUACUCAACGAUGCAGAAUUUCAAGCCGUCAUCCGCAUUAUUAACUCACACGAUGCCUUCAUGGUACGCAUGCGCCUCUACGCUCAGCCGGAAAUCAUACAAUUCCAAUCGUGGGUGCGCUCUCAACUAUUGUUGUCGGGAGGUGGUUCAUUCGAAUUCGAGGAGUCCGAGGAAAUUUUGAGCCUUUUCAAUCCUACACCCUAUUGGUCCGUUUAUGGAUGGCAAGGAUUUUUCAACGAAUUCCUCGCAUACUUCCCACAGGAGAUGCUGCGCGCCCAAAUCAAUGCUAAGGUUAUUCAAGGCGGUAGCCUUGCUCAGUUCUGGACCAAAUUGAAGGCAUUGCAACCAGUCUAUGAACGCGUGUUGGCCUUCCCGGAGUCAAAGCGCAUAAUUGCACAACUCGAACAGAAUGGUGUGAAUUUCGCACAAGUGGAUCAAUUUAUUCGUUCUUUAUUCGAUUGGUACAAUUUAACUUCGGUCGAUGUGAAUGCUCAGGGUGUGGGUGCUGUCAACGCACCAAUUGCUUCACCGGCCGUCAACAGUAUUGCGGCGUAACGUUUGUCAAGCUUUGUGGUUUAGGAAAUUUGAAAGACGCGUCACGGAUGCGAAAGCAGAAUUGCUUUUCUAAUAUCACGAAAAUUAUUUAUUUAUGCUACUUUUUAAAGGUAAAGUGAUUUUGAAUUUCAACUACUUUAAUUCCAAUAAAAAUUAUUGAGUAUG